AUGAGCAAAAUCAUCUUGGUUGGAUCUUGCGCCAUUUUGGUAUGCAUUGGUUGCACCUUCUUCACAAUGAGCUCACUUUUGAGUGAGAUUGAUGAGCUUCAAAGUGAGAUUCAUGAUGGUAUGGAUGAGUUUAGAGUGAGUUUUUUUGAAGAAAAUGAUUUUGGGUGCUUUAGGUAACAUUUCAGAGAAUCUAAAGAUCAUUGAAAAAAAUUUCAGCUUUCAAGAGAGGGCUUUGAAGACAUCUCAAAAGCCCUGUGAGGCUUUAGAACCCCCGGAAGGUUCCAAUUUCGCAGAAACCCUAAAAAUCACAAAAGCCAUGGGUGCCUAAUAUCACAUUCAGAAGCCCUGGAAGCCUUAUCUGAAAAGCCCUGGGAGUUUUUUCUGAAAACCCCUGUGAGCCUGAUCUCAAAAGCCCUGUGAGGUUAAUCUCAAAAGCCCUGGGAGCUUAAUCUGAAAACUCCUGUGAGUCUGAUCUCAAAAGCCCUGCGACUCAAAAGCCCUGGUAGCCUAAUCUCAAAAGCCCUGGAAGCCUGAUUUCAGAAGCCCUGUGAAUCUGAUCUUGAAAGCCCUGGGUGCCUAAUCUCAGAAACCUUGGAAUUUAAUUUUCAGAAGCCCUGAUCUGAAAAUCCCUGUUAGCCUAAUCUCAGACACCCUGUGAGCCUAAUCUCUAAAGCCCUGGAAGCCUAAUCUCAAAAGCCCUGUGAGCCUAAUUUCAGAAGCCCUGUGAGCUAAAUCUCAAAAGCCCUGGAAGCCUAAUCUCAAAAGCCCUGGAAGCCUAAAAUCGAAAUCCCUGGGUACUUAAUCUCAAAAGCCCUGUAAGCCUGAUCUCAUAAGCGGUUAAUCUCUAAAGCCCUGGGAGCCUUAGCAACCUUAAAUUUUUAGGUGAUCACCAAGGAUACUUGGGCUCGCAUGGUCUCCAAACACGUCAACCCAACUGGCCUCACCGAUGCCGCUCCAACCUUCGAAACCUUGUUCGGAACUCGUCGCGCUCGUCAAGUCGGAUAUCCAGAGCAAUGUAACUGCGGACAGAAAUCUCGCGAUUGCCCAGCCGGACCACCAGGACCACCAGGAGAGGACGGACAACCAGGAAACCCAGGAAAUCCAGGAGAGGACGGUACUCCAGGAGCACCAGGAGUUCUUGUCGCUGUUACCCACGAUCUCCCCGGUGGAUGCAUCACCUGCCCACCAGGACGUCCAGGACCAAGAGGAAACCCAGGAGGACCUGGAUCAGCUGGACUUCCAGGAGACAACGGACGACCAGGACCACCAGGACCACCAGGAGGUUUGGGAAGACCAGGAGAGCCAGGAGACGCUGGAAAACCAGGAAACGCCGGACGACCAGGGCCACCAGGACAACGUGGAGAGCCAGGAACUCAAUACAGACCAGGAACACCAGGAAGACCAGGACCACCGGGACCAAGAGGAGAAGCCGGACAACCAGGAAACCCAGGAACUCCAGGAAACGAUGGAGAGCCAGGCAAACCAGGAAAUGCCGGACGACCAGGACCACCAGGAUCACCAGGAAAGAACGGAAUUCCGGGACCAAAGGGAGAAGAUGCUCAACCAGGACAAGAUGCCGGAUAUUGCCCAUGUCCAUCACGUGGAGGAAACUCAUACAAGGCAUAA